AGUUCUAGGCGGUCUGUCAACAUUAGCUAGCCUACUUAGAUAAACCUUACUCAAAAGCAUUGUAACUAUAGUUAUUUACAAAUAUAUCUUCACUAUAAUUGGCGUAGAUUAUUUCCAUCCCGUGAUAACGUAGAUAUGGAAAUAUUAAACCAGACAGACGUGAAGUUACAAACGACAAGUUAAGCUAACAUUAUUAGCUAGCUAAGUACCGUUAGCUAGCUCAGUAUGCUAUGCUAACUUAGCCUGCUAUCUAUUUUUGCAAAACAGCUGUGAUUUCUCUGAGCAAAGCAACAUUUGAACUGAUUGCUUGCUACAGCCAGAGAACCACAUUUUCUCGUCUAUUUUUUGUUGUUGUUGUUGCUUCGGCUCACACAAUGUAUGAGGAUUUUGAUGAACCCCAGCCAAACCUACUGGUUCCUGACUGUGUCCAUGGUGACCAGAGAACCAGCGGUCCAGAGAUGGUUCCGAGGAGCCUUGACGACUUCAGUGACUUUCUAAGAUUGAGAGGGGAGACAGGAGGGAGUUCCAGCCGUCACUCUGACAGUGAGGGGACAAGUUCUACCUCAGGGGAACCUGAACAACAGGAGGACAAUCACACAGCCAAGAACACACACAGCUGCAGAGAGUGUGGAGAGGAGUUCCCUACCCAGCAUUAUCUAAGAAAACAUCGUAACACAACACACACAGGAGAGAAGAAGACCAGUCCCAAACCCAGGAAGAGCUACAGCUGCCUGGACUGUGGGAAGGAGUUCCCAUGUCCAUCUAAACUACAACGACACCUUCUGACUCACACAGGAGAGAGGCCCUGCUUCUGUUCUGACUGUGGGAAGAGUUUCACUCGGGAGGAACAUCUGAAGACACACCAGCGGUUCCACUGUUCUAAUGGGGAGGGCAGCCCCUCUAUAUCGGGAGAACCUGAACAGGCAAAGAACUGCUGCCUGGAGUGUGGAAGAGAGUUCUCUAGCGCUUACAAACUACGCAGACACCUGCUGACACACACGGGAGAAAAGCCUCACUCCUGCUCUGUGUGUGGGAAGAGUUAUACUUACCUACACACCUUGAAAUCACAUGAGCUGAAACACACCGGGGAGAAGUCUUACAAAUGUUCCGUGUGUGAGAAGAGCUUCAACCAAAAGGGAAAUUUGAACCAACACAUGCUAGUGCACACUGGUGAGAAACCUUUCUCCUGCUCUGUCUGUGGCAAGUGCUUCACCCAGAAAGCCAACCUGACUGCCCACCAGCUCUCCCACACUGGUGAGAAACCUUUCUCCUGUUCCGUCUGUAGGAAGGGCUUCACUCAGAAAGCAUAUCUUAAACAACACCAGAAACUGCACACUGGAGAGAAGCCGUACGCCUGCUCCGAGUGUGACAAGAGGUUCACCUUCUGUACAUCCUUGAAAAGACACCAGCUGCAACACACAGGAGAGAAACCGGACUCGCUAAGUUUGAAAGAAAUACACCAGCAAUCGCACGGCAAAAAAGUAGAGGAGAGUCUCUCUGCAUCAACAGCGGAACCGGAACAACACCAGGAGAAUCACAAAACUAAGACGUCGUCUCACUGCUGCUCAGAAUGUGGGAAACAUUUUAAAAAUUCAUCGUCUCUACAGAUCCACACGAGAAUCCACACGGGAAAGAAGCCAUACCCCUGCCCCGACUGUGGGAAGAAUUUUGCUACAAAAGGAAGUUUGAACUUGCACCAGAGGUCACACACAACAGAAGCAGAGAAACCCAUCCACUGUGAGGAGGAGAACACAUCACAGGGGCAGCAGAUGGUAUCUGAUAACCUACAGGACCUCUGUCAAACACUGGGGCUGAAGGCUAAAGUUGAAGAGGAGAAGGAAGAGGUGGAGGAGGAUGGAGAAGGGACGACAGAUAAUGCAGAGGAAGUUGGAGGUCUGAUUAAUUCUGAUGGAGAAGAAGUUGACUGGGGUUCUGUUCAACAUAGUGAGAGUCCUGUCCAUGACUCUGGUAGUGAAGGAGGACGUCCCCCUACAUCAAACAUCAACAAGGAUCCUGGGGCUCAAUCGGGGUCGACAGAGUCUCUGGGCCCUGACCAAAGACAUGAGGAGGACGUCACUCAAACACCUGGGAUGAACAUUCAUAUUGAAGAAGAGGAGGACGGGGAAGAAGAAGAAGAGGAGGAGGAAGAAGAGGAGGAUGAGGAAGAAGAAGAGUGGGAGGUGGAAGAUGAAGAAGAGGGUGAAGAUGAAGAAGAGGAGGAGGAAGGGGAGGAAGAGGAAGUUGGGGAUCUGUUGAAUUCUGUAGUAGAACAAGCUUCCUGGGAUACUCCUCAUCUUGGAAUGAGUCCUAAUUCCUGCCACGGUAGUGAGGGAACUACCUCAACACCAGGAGCGGUGGAACGACAACACCAGGAGAAAGAGAAGACGCGGGCGACCAAACGGAAGAAGAGUCCAGAACAAAAGCAACCGAAGAAAAAAGAGAAACCGAAGAAGGAAAAGAAUCCGAAGCAGAAGAAAGCUAAGAUGACCCACCGCUGCUUUAAAUGUGGAGAGGGAUUCUCCCGCGUCUACGACAUGCUCUUACACCAGACCAUUCAUAUUGAUGGAACGACCAUGUUCAAAACCAAGAAGGUUCACCGCUGCGUAACGUGUGGAUACGAAGCAUCCGAUGCACAUAAACUGAUGAUGCACGAGCGGAUACACACAGGAGAGAAACCUUUCCAGUGCUCUGUGUGCGGGAAGAGAUUCGCUCAGAAAGGAAAUCUGAAAAUACACCAGAGUGUGCACAAAGGAGAAGUCAGGAAUCCCAGUUUUGGCCUGACAUGA